AUGUCAGCCGACAUCGAAAAAAUGUAUCGGCAAAUUUGGAUCGCCGAAAAAGACCGCGACCUUCAACGUGUGUUGUGGCGGGAAAACCCAGCUGAAGAAGUAAAGGAAUACAGACUUAACACGGUAACAUACGGAACGAGUUCAGCUUCUUAUUUAGCUACAGCGUGUUUAAAAAUGUUAGCUGAUGAUACGAGAUCGUUAUUUCCGGAAGCAAGCUUGGCAGUCGCAUCAGAUUUCUACAUGGACGAUUAUCUCGGAGGUGCACAAACGAUCGACGCCGCCAUUAAAUUACGUGACGGAAUAGUAACGAUUACAAACAAAUGUGGAUUCAAUUUGCGGAAGUGGGUGUCGAAUGAUAAGCGACUAUUAACUGGAAUUCCGAACGACGACAACGAUCCGCUGCGCGUACUAAAUUUAGAUGGCAGCGCUGUUAAAACGUUAGGCUUGAACUGGAGUCCGAUUAAUGAUACAUAUACAUACAAAAUCGAUAAGAUGAAUAAUGAUGGGGUCAUUACGAAACGUACGGUACUGUCUGCGAUCGCGACAAUAUUCGAUCCGUUAUCAUUGAUUGGUCCAGUCGUAGUAAAGGCUAAGAUGUUUAUGCAGCAAUUGUGGACAAAUAAAAUUAGCUGGGACGAAAGACUACCGCCACUAUUAUACGACGAAUGGAACACGUAUUAUGAAGAUAUAUUUGAAAUAGUACAAAUACAAAUACCACGGUGCGUAAUAGGAGUUGAUAAGGCGAUCCGUAUACAAAUACACUGUUUUGCCGACGCAUCAAUAAAAGCGUACGCGGCAGCGAUGUAUUUACGUGCAACAGACGAAUACGGCAAUCACGUCACCCGCUUAAUCGCUGCCAAAUCAGUCGGAGAAGUACAACAGUUUUCCUCUGCAACAGAAUGGUCACACGUUAGGUCUAGUGAGAAUCCCGCGGAUGUACUAUCCAGAGGUUGUAGUCCGAAUCAAUUACGUGAACACAAAUUGUGGUGGGAGGGCCCACAAUGGUUGCAGGUCGAUGAAAGUUUGUGGCCUAAUGCCAGAGAAAAGGCACCGUUACCACCCGAAGAUAUGCCGGACUUAAAAGGCGAAAAACCAGUUGUGUUAAGUACAAAGGUCGAAUUUGGAAUAAUUGAAAAGUAUUCAUGUUUACAAAAAUUACUUCGUAUUACGGCUUAUUGUAUGCGUUGGAAAACAUAUGAUAGUAAAAAUAAACAUUUUUCGGCGGAAAUCGAAACAGAAGAGCUUAAUGCCGUCAAGACGUUGUUGAUUAAAUUAGUUCAAAAACAAUAUUUUAUUGAAGAAAUCAAAUGUUUAAUUGCUAAAAAAGAUGUUAGUAAACGAAGUAAGUUAAAAUUAUUGUGUCCGUUUAUCGAUAAGAACGGUGUAUUACGAGUCGGUGGACGUCUAAAUAAUAUGCAAUCAAUCAAUGUCGAUAAGCGAAAUCCAGUAUUAUUACCAGCACAGUCUAAAUUAGGCUGGGGUCACACGAGCGUUGAAAGAACGGACGUUACGACGGACGUUAUAACGUCCGUUGUUGAAUUAUAUGAUUUUACUAUACGAUGGUCACACGCUUGA